AUGAUGGCCCUGGGCCCCUCCCUGUUCCUGCUCACGUAUUUCGCCGCCCCUCUCCUCUGUCAAGAUGAGUGUGAUGACAACUCGUGUCACCCACAGCUGGGAGACCUGAUGGUAGGCCGUUCUCCGCAGCUCUCAGCUUCCUCCACCUGUGGACUCGAAGGACCUCAGAACUACUGCAUCUUGGGAUACUUGGAGGAUGAGCAGAAGUGCUUCCUCUGUGACUCCAGGACCUCUUACAACAGCUAUCACAAUCCCAGUAGCCAUCGCAUUGAGAAUGUGAUCACAGCCUUUGAAGGGUCAGAGCGCAAGAUGAAGUGGUGGCAGUCUGAAAAUGGUGUUCACCGUGUUAGCAUAAAACUGGACCUGGAGACUGUGUUCCAGUUUAGCCACCUCGUUCUAACUUUUAAGAGCUUCCGACCUGCGGCCAUGCUAGUGGAGAGGUCCAAGGAUUUUGGACAGACCUGGAAGGUUUUCCGUUACUUUGCUGAGAACUGUCAAGCCUCCUUCCCUGGGGUGUCAGAGGAGCCAGCGGACAGUUUAGAUGAUGUCAUCUGUGACAGCCGCUACUCAGGCCUGGAGCCCUCCACAGAUGGAGAGGUUGUGCUUAAAGCCUUGGACCCCAGGUUUCAAAUAGAUGACCCAUAUGAUCCUAAAAUACAAGAGCUCAUCACCAUAACGAACUUGAGGGUGAACUUCACACGUCUUCUGACGUUGGGCGACACGCUGCUGAGUCGGCGGCGGAGGAGUCCACAGGACAAAUACUACUACGCCCUCUAUGAGAUGGUGGUCAGGGGCAGCUGCUUCUGCAAUGGCCACGCCAGCCAGUGCAUGCCUGUGGACAACGCCCGGGGGGAUGCCUUCAGCGAGCCAGGCAUGGUACAUGGACGAUGUGUCUGUCAGCACCACACGGUUGGCUACAACUGUGAGAGAUGUGAAGACUUCUACAACGACGCCCCCUGGAGGCCAUCUGGAACUUCAAACCCACAAGUCUGCAGAAAAUGCAACUGUCACGGCCACUCGGAGAGGUGUCACUUUGAUAUGGGCCGGUUUGUGGCCAGCGGGGAGGUCAGUGGAGGUGUCUGUGAAGACUGCCGGAGCAACCGCGUGGGCGCCCAGUGUGAACAGUGCCAGACCUUCUUCUAUCAGGAUCCCAGCAGGUCCAUGGAGGACCCAGAGGCGUGCGUCGCAUGUGACUGUGACCCUGCUGGCUCUCUGGACAAUGGGCUCUGUGAUGCCGUCACGGGGCGGUGCGUGUGCAAGGAGAAUGUGGAGGGGGAGAGAUGUGACCGCUGUAAAUACGCCUUCUACGGUUUACGCCAAGAUGACCCCAGCGGCUGCCAGUUUUGCCAGUGUAACCUGCUUGGUAGCAUCACCGCACCCCAUUCAUGUGACCAGGUCACGGGACAGUGUUUCUGUCAGCAUUUUGCCACCGGAGCCUACUGUGACCAGUGUGUGUCAGGCUAUUGGGGUCUGGGAAACACCGUGUACAGCUGCCUGCCCUGUGACUGUGACAUAGGUGGAUCCACCAGCAGUUUGUGCUCCAGUGUUGAUGGUCAGUGUCCUUGCCGACCCAACAUGGUGGGCCUCAGCUGUAGUAAUCCGGCUCCUGGUCACUAUCUGGCCCCGCUGGACUACUACAUUUAUGAAGCUGAGGACGCAGAACCCCUCGACAGCACUGAAUCUGAGGACGCAGCACCCCCGGACAGCAGUGACCCUGAGGACGCAGCACCGCCGGACAGCAGUGGCCCUGAGGACGCAGCACCCCUCGACAGCAGUAGCUCUGAGGACGCAGCACCCCCGGACAGCUCAUCUUUGGUUAAUCCACUCACUCCCACGGGUCCAGCACUGCCCAAAUGUGAGCAAUAUUACCGUGAGCAAGGCUACGACUUCAUCCUCAGUGAUGGACAGUAUGUCCUGACUAAACGAGAGAAGAGGAGCACACGGCAACGAAGGCAGGACCAGUAUGUAGCCCCAGAGCCUGGUCAAGCCACGCAGCAGGUCCUCCCCAGAGAGCGCCGGCCCGGUUUCCCCGUCACCUGGACCGGCCCUGGGUUCAUGCGGGCGCAACAUGGAGCCGUCCUCAGGUUCACCGUUCCCAACAUCCCAGCAGCCUCCCUCCAGUACCACCUGCUUCUGCACUAUGAACCGCAGUCCUCAGAUGACUGGAGUGCCACUAUCAGAGUUGUGUCCUCGGGACCUCUAGACUAUGGGAGGUGUCCAAACGUCCCAUCCACAGAUAUGUACCUGACACUGUCAGCUACCAACAGGGUGGCUCGUUUGGACUCCACGGUCUGUUUGGAAGCUGGAGUGGAAUACUCUGUGGAUGUCACUCUAAGAAGGUUGUCCAGUCCAGACUCACAGUCCAGCAGAUACAUCCUCAUUGACUCGUUGGGCCUGGUCCCCCAGGUGCACUCUAGAGCUAACCCUAACCCUGACCCUAACCCUAACCCCCGGUGCCUGGAGGCCACUGAGCUGCAGCAGUACCGCUGUGUGGAGCUGCUGCAGGCUGGAACUCCUCCAGAGCAGUGCAAAGGCCUCGUCAGCAGCGUGUCUGCCCUCGUCCACAAUGGGGCCAUUCCCUGCGACUGUAAUUCUGAGGGGGCUUACAGAGAAACCUGCGCUAAGUUUGGGGGUCAGUGUGAGUGUAAGCCAAAUGUGAUUGGCCGCUGCUGUGACUCCUGUGCCCCACUGACCUAUGGCUUUGGACCGAAUGGAUGCACAGCCUGUGAGUGUGACUCCAGUGGCUCAACCGCGGAGCUCUGUGACGGGACAACUGGCCAGUGUCCGUGUCGUGCAGAGGUCACUGGCCGGCACUGUGACCAGUGUCUGCCCGGCCAUUAUGGCUUUCCUCAAUGCUCCCCCUGCCAGUGCAAUGGACUCGCUGACCUCUGUGACCCCGUGAGUGGAGCAUGUCAGGACUGCCGGGGCCACUCCACUGGACACACCUGUGACAGGUGUAUUCCUGGUUACUAUGGAGACCCAGUCUUCAGAGAACCCUGCGAGCCGUGCACGUGCCCAGAUGUGGAGGACAGUGGCCGUUUCUUCGCCCUGUCCUGCAGCAAGGACGACGACACCGGCAGCCUCGCCUGCGACUGCCUCAGGGGCCACGAAGGAGCUCGCUGUGACAGCUGCGCGCCUGGUUUCUAUGGAGACCUGGCGUUGCCUGGCGCCCAAUGCGAGGAGUGUCGCUGCAACAACAACACUGACCCCCGGGACGCUGAUGCCUGUGACACAGUGACUGGCGACUGUCUGCGCUGCCUGCACAACACCCAGGGAUCCUCCUGCGAGCGCUGUAGACCAGGGUACUAUGGCGAUGCUCUGGUGCAAGACUGUAAAGAGUGCUCCUGUGACCGGCGUGGCACUGAGGUGACCCGAUGCCCGCUGGACAGCCCGUGUUUCUGUGACGAGGAGACUGGGCAGUGCCCCUGCCGCGGAGGUGUGAUAGGCCCUCUCUGUAAUGAGUGUGAUGAUGGCUACUGGAACCUGGAUGGUGAUUCAGGGUGCCAGCCUUGCAAAUGUGAACGUGAUCACUCGCUCAACAACACCUGUGACAAGAUCACAGGCCAGUGCCCCUGCCUGCCAGAGUAUGGGGGACAACAGUGUUACGAGUGUGCAGAGAAUUACUUUGGAGACCCAGACGUACAGUGCCUUUACUGUGACUGUAAUAUGGAGGGCACCCUGCGGCCUGCCUGUGCCAUGGACACGGGCGAGUGUCGCUGCCGCCCCGGAGUGAUGGGCAUCCUCUGUGACGAGUGCGCCCCCGGCCACGAGUCCGUGUUCCCCGAGUGCCAACCGUGCCACCCCUGCUCCUUGCUCUGGGCUGAAAAUGUCACGGACGUCAAGAGGGCGGCGGAGAAGAUGCGAACCCUCGUGCCUAAGCCUGGUGACGAUAAGCAGCCCGCUCACGGUCAGCGCUGGCAGCGCGUCCUGGACAUGCAGUCUCAGCUGGAGGCAGCUCUGAACAUGACAGGAGACGCCCAGGCUGACCUGGAUGCUGCAGAGGAUCUGUACUCCCGUGUUCUGAAGUUGAAAGACAGCAUAGAUCCCAGUGUCAUUAUCAUUGACCCAACAUCACUUCUGAACACGGAAAUAGAUAACAUCAAGCUGGAGUUCCAGAAAGUCAUAGACAAGUUAAUAGAGAAAACAAAGGAAGUCCCAAUAACAGACCCCCAGGCUCUGAAUGACACACUGGAGGAAGUGAGACAGCAUUAUAAAGACUUCAUCAAAGAUGAGGAGCGGGUCAAGGACGCGGACGCUAAACUAGACUCGUCCCGGGAGCUCAGGCAGAAGAGCAAGCUGGAGCUGAGCAAGUGUCACACGGGAGACUGGGACACCUUGGAGAAGAAAAUCAAAGCUUUAACCGUGACCAAGCUCAACGAAAAUGUGUGUGGAGCUCCAGGCGACGCGGACUGCUCCGAGGCCCGGUGCGGGGGUGCGUUGUGUCAGACUGACGCUCAGAAGCGCAAGUGUGGAGGCCCCGGCUGCCGGGGCAGUGUUCCUGUGAGCCACAACGCCUCGGAGACAGCGGAGAAGACCGAGAAUGACAUCCUUGAUCUGCUCCACAAACUCAGAGAUUCAGCGAUUAAGAUUAACGAGGCCAAAGAUAUGAAUGAAGAGAUUAAAGACGAAGCCGUGAAGAUGAAACAGAAGAUCACAGACAGUAAGAGCCAAUUUGAGAAGGAGAAAAAUGGCACCAAGGAUCUCCUUAAGAAGGUUAAGGACUACCUCACUGAUGAGAUGGUGAAGCCAGAGGACAUUGAGAAAAUGGCCAAAGCAGUCUUAGCUAUUCAGUUGCCCAGCACUCCAGAUGAAAUCCAGACCAUGAUCCAGAACAUCCGGGACGUGCUGGCCAACUUCACGGACUUUAAGGAAGACCUCGAGCUCCUGAAGGAUAAAGCCAAGACUGCAGAGGAACUGCGUGAACAAGCCGAGGAUGUCAAAAACCGAACCAAGAAUAUUGAUGUGAGUGACAUUCGGAAGACCUUACAGGAGGCUGACCAGUUACAUGAUAAGGUCUCGGAUGGCCUGGACGUUGCCAAGGCCAACACAGACGAAGCUGCCGACAAAGUGAAAAAGACUGACAGAAAACUGGACAACAUAGAGGCUCUGUUGAGUCCAAAUGUAAAAGGCGUGCUGGACGACAUCGAAGCUUUGAAGAAGAAAACUGAAAUGAACAGAGUGCAGGCGGAGGACGCUCUAGCAGCAGCCGAGGCAGCUUUAAAGGAUGCCACAGACGUCGACACGGAUGUUAAAGAAGUAAUUGACCUGUUUGAAACACUAAAAGACACGGCCGCCAAUCAGACGGUUAAUGAUGAGGUGAGCGAGCGUGUGAAAAACAUCACAGCUGAAGUGGAAAGCUUGGCCAAAGAUGUGGCUGACAAGAUGAAGAAAAUCGAAGACUUGGAAAAAAGAUUCCAGAAAAACCUCCAAAGUAAAGAGGAUAAAGAGAACGAUGUUGCUCGGCUGUUGGAAGAGGCCGCUGACCUCAGGAGGGAGAUCGGCCAGAGGGCGGACGCCUACCUAAAGUGCACCUCCUGAAGAAAAUAGGACAUCUUUUCAUGCAGACCUUUCAUAAGUUGUUCCACACACUUUUCUGUGGAAGUAAUGGACUUACUUCGGUCAGUGGUUGUUCAUUUUUGCCCAGUCCACCAGGUGUCCACUGUUGUGUCCAAUGUAGACUGCUAAGAUCAUUAUUCACUGCACAGGGGCAUUCCUGAAAAGACACUAUCAAAUUAAGCUAUGUAUUUCCAAAGGCAGCAUAUCAAAAUCUUAUUGACUGAUAUUGUUUUUAUAUUUUUGUAAUGAUACCCUUUCUUAAGUGGUAUAUUUCUUUGAGAUUUGUUUUGCUCCUCGUGGAUAUGGGGAAUG